ACCAUUUAACCAUCGAAGAUGCACGUGAUGUUGGGGACUGCAAAGCAUUGUGAGAAUAGGAAAAGUGGAGGUAACUGCUAGUCCAUAAUUAUAUAGUUAAAGGCUUGAACAAUGGAUAAACUCUAGACACAGGCCCUUGUGAAUAGCUGUGGUCAAUUGGCGCGUGGUCAAACGGGACACUCUCAACAGUUAAGUACACAAUAUUAUGGCAACUGCUAUUCAGGAGAAUGGCAUGAAACCAUUAACAAAUAAAUCAUUAAAUCAUGUAAAAGAUGUUAAUAAAUUGGACAAUGCAAACUCCUGCACAGGAGAAAAGGACAAUAGACUGUUUGAUAGUCAACUUCAAUCUUACGUGGCUCAUACCGAAGAACGUAACGAAGAGGCUCAUGAACAAUCACAUGAAGAGCCUCACGAAGAACCUCCAGAGCUUGAUAUUGUUAUCAACAACGUAGUUUGCAGCUUUAGUGUAAGGUGUCAUUUAAAUCUGCGAGAAAUAGCACUCAAAGGAUCUAAUGUGGAAUACAGAAGAGAAAAUGGGAUGAUAACGAUGAAAUUAAGAAGACCAUAUACUACAGCAUCUAUUUGGUCAUCUGGUAAAGUAACUUGUACUGGUGCAACCAGUGAGGUUCAAGCAAAAAUCGCAGCGCGCAGAUUUGCCCGUUCUCUUCAAAAACUUGGAUUUAAAGUGAGAUUUAACAACUAUAGGGUGGUCAAUGUAUUAGGCACUUGUUGUAUGCCAUUUGCUAUUAAGAUAACAUCAUUUUCGAUACAUCAUAAAGAAAAUGCCGAUUAUGAACCAGAAUUACAUCCUGGUGUUACAUAUAAGCUAAAAGAUCCAAAAGCUACUCUGAAGAUAUUUUCUACAGGAAGUGUUACUGUAACAGCACCUAACGUUGCUGCAGUCCAAGCAGCAAUUGAACAUAUUUAUCCACUAGUCUACGAGUUCCGCAAGGAGCGAACGUCAGAGGACGAAUUUGCAUUAAAGAAACGCAAGGCAGGUUUGAAAAGAAAACGGGAUGAGUUCCUAGAAGAUGAGCCAGAUAUCUCGUAUGAAAGUAUGAUCUCUGAUGCAGAAGAUGCACUUGACGAAGUAGAAAGUGAUGGCAGUUGGGACUGAUCUGUUUUAUUUUAUCACUCUACUGUUAAAUGUGAAACUGUUGUCUAUAUCUCGUUCUUUCGAUAUGAUAGAUACAUACUGCUCUACAUGUACAAAAGUGUUAUUGCUAAAAGUGAAGUGAAGCGUAAAUUCGUUUCAGUAUAGUACAUGGACAAAUGUGUGAGUGUUAGGAAUAAAAAUAGAGAUACAUAUAUGCACUUAUGUAUACAGAUAUACACAGGGGCAUGAUUAUCAAGUACACAUCAAACGAACUGAUUAUCAUCCUAAAAAUGAUAUCCUAAAUAGUUACUUUUGUUAGCAAUAUCACGUGAUAAAUACAAAUAUAGAUAUAUAUAUGUGUGUGUGUGUGUGUGUUGUGUGAUACACUACGUGUAUUAUAAGUGUAAAUAUGAAUAUAUAUAUAUAUAUUUAUAUUUGUAUUUAUAUACUUUCAAAUAUAUAACUUCGCGCAUACAGAUGUAUCUUCAACAUCUACACAGACAUAUAUACGCAUAUGCACAUGUAUUUGUGUAUAUAUGUGUAUAAAUAUGCGUAGAACACGUUUUUAAUUGUAAGAUUGAUUAAUUUUUUGGAGUUUAUUUAUCAUUAGGCAAAACUCGUAUAUAUGCUUUUUGGAUGGAAUGGUUAGUACAGGUUUAAAAAGAAGUGCACAUUGUUCAUAAAUGUGUAUAUAUGCAUAUAUUUAUGCAUGAAUUAUGGCCUGUACAUUUGUUUCCAUUUUAUUAUUUUCAUGAUUAAUUACAACUAAGUUUUUCUUAAUUAACAUAUUGUGCCAAAGAUAGAUUCAAAAUUUAAGGGAAAGUGAUUAAGAUGAAACACACGACUUUAUCCUUGUAAUGAUCAGCUUCCAGAGUGAUUAUAAUUGAUUGGAAUGUGUCUGAAAAUUUUAGUUUUCUAAUCAAUAUUUUAUAGAAUUCACUAUCUGAUAAAAAAAAAUUAUUUUAUUUUACGAUUUGAAUUUGGUCUUAUACAAAAUGUAUGCCAAUUAAUAUAAUUUCGUACUGCCAACAGCUCGUUCUCGCUCAAAUAACUUUUUUUAUUCAAUUAUUUUUGUACUCUAUAGUUCAUUAUUAUAUUCCUACAUUUAAUAUCUGUUUAGAUUACAUCUUGUAAGUGUACAAAUAUUAUUUUAUAUGUUUAUAUUCAUAAAUUUUCUGUAUGGGAUAUUGAUAGGAAUUGUUUAAAUAUUAUAAGCACACACUAUGUAAAUACGCCUACAUUUGUUAAAAUACUUUAAACUUAAAUAAUAAAUAUCUAAACAAAAAAUUAUAUUGAUAGUAUAAGAAUAUACAAUGAGUAAUAUUAAAUCUUAAUAAAUAUUUGCAUUUGUUUUUAUAUAAUCAAUCAAGAACUCAUAUAAUUACAUUUUUUUGUUUCAAUAUUUUGUCAUAUGCAUUAUGAUAUAUUUUGAUUUUCUAUUUUGAAAACACAUCAUUAAAUAGUAGAGUUAAGAUCGAAAUCUUACAUGAGACAGAUAAGAUUAUUUAUUAUUUGGGCGAAUACGGGCUGUUUUCUGUGGAUGUAAACGUUAAAUUUGAUUUUAAAAUGUCUGACAUAAAAAGAUGUAGUCUGGCUUGCAGUAUUCAUGAAUUCAGAUUCACGUAUUAAAAUAGUGUUUAUUUUACGUAAAUGUAAUUAUAAGAAAAUGAAGCUGAAAUCGUGACAUUAAUUUAGAACUAUGACAAAGCUAUAUCCUUUAUGAAAUUUAUAGAAAUUCAUUGUGUCGGUGUUUUGUGAAAGGUACUUCUUAAAAUCGCAAGUUUAAACGUAUGAAACGAAUGUAUUGUGUUCAACGAGAUAUUUAUUUAUGACUUAUACAUACAUACAUAUAUAUAUCUGACUGGAAUUAUGCAUAUUCUAGAAUCUGCAACAAAGACAAAUAAUGCGAUAAGAUCCGUUAUAGCGUUAGUUAUUGUUUUUCUUUUUGUAUUAGUCAUCCACGUACACAUUAAUACAUACACAUUAUAAGUAUUUAUUUAUCACACAGUAUCUUUAUGAUAUUAUGCACAUUUGAAUCAUGUCAUUUUCAUAAAUAUUAAUUUUUUUAAAAAUCUAAAGUGUCACGUAAACAGCCUACGACGAUUUAAUUUUGAUUAUUCAUAAAAUAUUUUCAUGAAAAGAGAUAUUUUUACACACGACUUUGCAAAUCUAAUUAAUUGUAUUUUUAGAACUCGGUUUUUAUUGUAAAAGAUGUAUAUCGGAGAUUGUGCAAAACAUUACACUGAGGGUAUAAUAUAAUGUACGUUGUCCUUCUUAUACUUCGCAAUUAUUCAUAUGUACACAAAAUUUCACCUUUUAUUUGCGAUUAGUUGAAGAAGAGCAACAUAAUAGUACAUGAAAAUAUAUAGAAAAAUUAUUAAAGAUUUGCGUAAUUCGUUAAUAGGAAAAAUUAAUAUGUGAAUAUCAUAUAAAUAUCUUAUUACAUAUUAAGUACAAGAGAAUAUGAUAAGAUAUAUGGCCGAUAUUUUAUUAAAUGAUUUAUCUGUUCGUGCCAUAUGACAUUAUACAUUCGUUAAAAUUAGUUAAAGCAGAGUUUCAUAAUUUUCAUAAUGUAUAUAUACAUAUAUAUGUAUUGUUUUUACACUGAACAAAUUUUUUACGAUUUAAGCUAAAGUCACUGCCCUUAGUGUAUUCAAUCAGAAAAUGUAAGGCGAUCCACUAAUGAGUAUGUGACACACAAACUAGCACAUUUUGUUUACAUUAUUGGAAAUAAAUGCUAUUCUUUGCGUUAUUAAUCAUAGUUAAAGUUUAAGCGAAUAAAGAAGUUGAACGAUAAGACAUGUCGAAGUGUAAUGACAAAAAUAAAUUCUAUCAUAUAUUUAA